CCAAUCUACUCCUUAUCAUUUCUCUCCUGAAGGACGUCCUUCUCUCAGCACACGUGCGACUGAGGGAGACACGAAAAACAAAAAGAAACGAUGAGAAGGCAAAAUUAGAGAGAGAUGAAGCGGUAGAGUAGCAAAAAUCAAACGUCACCACCGUCUCCAAAAUCAAGAAGACAGCGAGAGGAGAGGGAAGAUUCCGAAAUUCUCCGAUAUUUUCCCCUCUUUCCCCCUUUUGUUAUUUCCUUUAUCUUUUCUGGUCGCAGAAAAGGUCCAAUUUUUCUCUUAUCCGAAACAAAAUCUCAAGAAACCACGGCAAAAAAAAAAAAAAAAAAAUCCAAUGGGAAAAAGAAGAGGGACGCGCCGGAAUUAGAAAGAAAGAAAGAUUUCUUUAGGUCGCGGCAAGAUUUAUGCUUUGUUUUCGGAUCAAACUGAGGGAUUUCCGACGCGCCCUGCUGGUGUCGCGAAUCCAGUUCAGCUGGCUCGAGAUCUUCUUCUAGGGCUUUUAGCUGGGUUAUAAGCUGUUGCAUUUGAUUCGAUUGGAUCUGUGGCAUGGCGUUGUUUCGGAAGUUCUUCUACAAGAAGCCGCCCGAGGGGCUCUUGGAAAUAUCGGAGAGCGUUUACGUUUUUGAUUGCUGCUUCUCCACUGAUGUCUUGGAAGAGGAUGAUUACAAAGUAUACAUUGGAGGAAUUGUAGAGCAACUCCGAGGACAUUUUCUGGAUGCUUCCUUCAUGGUCUUCAAUUUUCGAGAGGGGGAGAGGGAAAGCCAAAUAGCUAGCAUUCUAUCUGAGUAUGAUAUGACGGUGAUGGAUUACCCCCGGCAUUAUGAGGGUUGCCCAUUGCUCAAAAUGGAGAUGAUCCAUCAUUUCUUGAGGUCCAGUGAGAGCUGGCUCUCUUUAGGUCCACAUAAUGUAUUACUGAUGCAUUGCGAGCGAGGUGGCUGGCCAGUUCUGGCUUUCAUGUUAGCAGCACUUCUGAUAUACCGAAAACAGUAUACGGGUGAGCAGAAAACAUUGGACAUGAUUUAUAGGCAAGCACCACGUGAGCUCUUGCACUUGUUGUCACCCCUGGAUCCUGUCCCUUCUCAGCUAAGAUACUUGCAAUAUGUUUCAAGGAGGAAUGUUGCCUCAGAGUGGCCUCCACGUGACAGAGCACUUACUUUGGAUUGCAUUAUGCUCAGGAAGAUUCCAAACUUUGAUGGGGAGGGUGGCUGCAGACCAAUAUUUCGGAUUUAUGGCCAGGAUCCCUUUAUUGCUUCUGAUCGGACUACUAAAGUUCUGUUUUCAACUCUAAAAAGGAGCAAAUGUGUCCGGCAUUACAGACAGACAGAUUGUGAACUAGUCAAAAUUGACAUCCAUUGCCACAUUCAAGGAGAUGUUGUUCUUGAGUGCAUUAGCCUGGAUGAUGAUCUAGAACGUGAAGAGAUGAUGUUUAGGGUCAUGUUCAAUACAGCCUUUAUACGAUCAAAUAUCUUGAUGGUCCACUGCGAUCAGAUUGACAUUCUGUGGGAUGCUAAGGACCGAUUUCCGAAAGAUUUUAGAGCCGAGGUUCUUCUCUCGGAAAUGGAUGCAGCUUCAUCAGUUGUCACCAUGGAGUUGACUAGUGGUGAGGAAAAAGAAGGCCUUCCAAUCGAAGCUUUUGCCAAAGUGCAAGAAAUGUUCGGCAAUGUGGAUUGGCUAGAUGCGAAGGGGGGUGAUGCAGCACUUCAUGUCCUUCAACAAUUAACAUCACCAAACACUUCUCAAGAGAAAUCUGAUGCAGUUUCUCCAUCGAAAGUAGAGACCGAUAGCAUGCCACGGAAACCUAGCCCUCUCAAACUCACUGAGAAAGUAGAUUAUGAAGAUGUCAGUAAUAAUGCUGUCUCUGAUGUUAACAUGAUGCCUCCAUCUUUGCUGUCAUAUUCAAAUAGUGCUGCUUCUGGCUUAAGUGAACCUGCUGAAAAAAAUAUCUUUGUAGGCUUGCCAUCAUCACCAUCAUCAGCCCUACCUUUUUCAGCAAGCUCCAACCAAAAAAAAUCAGUAAUUCCUCCCCCUCCUCCUCCUCCUCCUCCUCCUCCUCUUGCUGCUACCCUUGGUGCCAGUACCACCAUUUUGCCAUCCCGAUCGACACCACCAAUAACAACUGUUCCUCCACCACCUCCACCUCCACCUCCGAUUCGACAAUCAAUAAUGCCGCCGCCGCCACCGCCGCCGCCACCGCCACCGCCACCUGAACAUCUUCCACCUUUUAAACCAGUGACUACUAUACCUCUCCCACCACCUCCUCCUCCUCCUUGCUUGGGGGCUUCAUCCACUCAUCAACAACGUUCAAGCAAUACCUCCACCAAGUUAUCAUCCACUCUGCCUCUUCCUCCUCCUCCUCCUCCACCACCACCACCACCACUUCCUACCUCAUCAACUCCACAUCCUCCUCCUCCACCUAUAAAGAAGCCAGGUGGUCCAGUAGGUGCCCCUCCACCACCCCCACCCCCUCCUUCACGUCCUGGAACUGCUCCGCUCAUGGCUUCACCUGCAGCACCACCCCCACCUCCACCACCUCAAUUUACACCAAAGCAAUCUGCUGUUUCUACUUCCCAAAAACCAUCACCUGUCCCACCAGUGCCUCCUCCUCCUAUGUCUGGUCAGAUCUCUCUGAAGUCUACUCAAUCUAGUUCUGCAGGAAGUAAGGGAACUAGCAGUGAAUUCAUAUCUCCAUCUGCUGCAUCGCAUAAUUCUUCAUUGGGCAUUAAGGGACGCAGCUUGACACAUGCCAAAAGUCCUAGGAGUUUGCAUUCCACCCAGUCAUCAUCCAAAAGGACUUCUCUGAAGCCUUUACAUUGGGUUAAAGUAACAAGAGCUAUGCAGGGUAGUUUAUGGGCUGAAGCACAAAAAUCUGAUGAAGCUUCCAAGCCUCCAGAAAUUGACAUGUCUGAGCUUGAGAGUCUUUUCUCAGCGGUGGUGCCAAAUUCAGAAUCUGGUUUGGGUGAAAGAUCAAGGCGGCGUUCCUCACUUGGGGCCAAACAUGAUAAAGUUCAUCUGAUUGAUCUUAGAAGGGCCAAUAAUUGCGAAAUAAUGCUUACAAAGGUUAAGAUUCCAUUGCCUGAUUUGAUGAAUUCAUUGCUUGCUCUUGAUGAUUCUGUUUUGGAUGUCGAUCAAGUAGAUAACCUCAUAAAGUUCUGUCCAACAAAGGAGGAGAUGGACCUACUCAAGGGUUAUAAUGGUGAUAAAGAAAGCUUAGGGAAAUGUGAGCAGUUCUUUUUAGAGUUGAUGAAAGUACCAAGGGUGGAAGCCAAGCUGAGAGUCUUCUCCUUUAAGAUACAAUUCCGUUCCCAGGUUGCGGACCUCAGAAAUAGCUUAAACAUCGUUAACUCUGCAGCAGAAGAGUUCAGAAAUUCUGUGAAAUUAAAAAGAAUCAUGCAGACAAUUCUUUCUUUGGGAAAUGCAUUGAACCAGGGAACUGCCAGGGGUUCUGCCAUCGGAUUUCGGUUGGAUAGCCUUCUCAAACUCACUGAUACACGUGCGCGCAAUAACAAAAUGACUCUCAUGAAUUAUUUGUGCAAGGUUCUUGCCGAUAAACUUCCAGAAGUGCUUGAUUUUGACAAGGACCUUGUUAGCUUAGAAUCUGCAUCGAAGAUACAAUUGAAGAUUUUGGCAGAGGAAAUGCAAGCAAUAAGCAAAGGACUAGAGAAAGUUGAACAAGAACUAACAUCAUCUGAAAAUGAUGGUCCUGUAUCUGCUACUUUUCAUAAGUCUCUGGAUGUAAAGCUAUCAAGAAAAGCAGUUUCUUGGAAAAAGACCAUUCCAUGUUGCCAAGGAGGAAUCUGAACUUCUGAAGCGAAGCAUGCACAUCUCCCAUGCUAAGUUAUCCAUAUACAAUAAUUUGUCAUUUUUUAAAAUAAGAGGCCUCUCAUGUCUCUUUUAUUUUACUCAUUUUAUCAAACUGAUGCAAGAAUAAAAAUUAGGACCUCCAAUCAUAAAUGUUUGUACGUUCCAAUCUACAAUUGGUUGCAAGGUUUUUAAGUCGGUAUUAGGCCUCAUACUAGUAACUAAUUGAUAUGGUACCUGAUCGAUAUGGUAAUGUACUCACCUAUAUGGACGAAUGGUAUGGUGUUGGGGUUGUCACAACACCUGUACCAUAUAUCGGCAUGGGGGCAUACCAAACCCCCGUAUUGUACCAAGUCAGUAUUGUAUGCUGCUUACCGCCCUGUGGAGUUGGUACUUAAAAUACUUGGUCGUUCAUUUAUUAUAUGUAUACAUGCUUGCAUUUAUGCUUAGGAACUUCUGCACCGAACAAAAAACCCUGAAUCUGGGAAAGCCUUACUGCAUCUAUAAUAUGGAAAUAAUUUCCUACAUUUGUUAUCAAUCAAUUUUCCUUUCCCCUCGAACAGAUACACAUUCUCUUGGAGUAAAUUCAAUUUCUAUUCUGAUUUCUUUCUUUAUUCAAUAUUUUACAAACAAUUGUUGAAAAAGUUGACUAACGUUUACAAUAACAUUGCAGUAAGUUUCAUUGGAUAGUGUUGCCAACUGCAAUUAUGCAUGUAUGACCAUGAGAAAAGCAUGAUUGGAUAUGUUUUGGUUGGGCCUUUUAAGCACCUUGAUGAUGAAUGAUUAUCAGUGAUAAGACCAAAUGAAAGCUCAAUAAGGAAGAGAUACUCAUACUUUGAAGGAGUUCCUUGUUGUUGCUGAAGCUGAAGUGAGAUCCUUAAUUUCUCUUUAUUCUGGGGUGGGUAGAAAUGCAGAUGCAUUGGCUCUUUAUUUUGGGGAAGAUCCUGCACGUUGCCCAUUUGAGCAAGUUGUCUCCACACUUCUCAACUUCACGAAAAUGUUUGGACGUGCUCACGGGGAUAACUGCAAGCGGCUAGAGCUGGAGAAGAAGAAAGCUCAGAAGGAGGCAGAUAAUGAAAAAUUGAAGCUGGCUUCUCAAAAGAGGGAAACAGAAAAUACAUUGCGGCCUCCAAUUAGAAGUGGAGAAACUCAAUAAUCAAAAGCCUAUGCAACUAACAAUUGAAUAAUUAUUCCAUUCCAUAGAAAAAAUAACUCCUGCUCCAUGACCAGGCACCGACAAUAUGGUUGAAAUAGAGAAAGUUAAAAAUCAGAGAUUAAUAAAAUUGGAUGGACAAAAUAUUGUCCAAUGUAGAG